ACCUUGCCCGAAGACAAAAACGUUCUCUUCUCGGAGAAUCACGUGGAAUUCCAAACCAAACAUUCAUCAGUGUCAUUGGACCACUUAGCCACCGAUGAAACAAAAGUGAAAAAUCAAAUUCAAACAGACUUAAUCGCUCGCCGAUUGGCGAAGCUUAUUUGCCAUGUUUGUGUUUACCGUCAGUUGAAAUGCGGGACUUUGUUUUAUCUCUUAACACCUAAUUUGAGUACAUAUAUUUCGGAUUCGUGAAAUUGGAGUGAAUAAAAAAGAUUACGCGCCAAACGCGCCGUUGUUGCUUUUAAACGCCUGUCGAUCUUUUUGUGGGACACUCGAAUUAGGAGGAUUGAUAGCUGGGUACCGUUUGAUGAAAUGUGGAUUUCGGAAUGUUGGCUGUUUGUCGUGAUCGGUUCUGUGAUUUUCGGAUAUGGAUUUUGCCAAAAUGGAUUAUCUUCAGAUAAUUGCCAAUCUCUCGAACCUCCAAUGGACAAUUUAACUCAGGAAGCUUUCUUAUCAGCUCUAACAGCCAGCUGUAGAUAUGAUCGUUACAUUAGACCAACAUCAGAAUCGCCAUUAAAAGUUAAUUUUCAAAUCGACGUUAAACAUAUGGAAAAUGUUGAAAACACGCUUUUCAAAUCGCAUAUUUUAGUUCAACUAUCGUUCCAAGAUGACAGGUUGAGUUUCUCCGACAUAUCUCCUAACAGAGGUGACAUACUCGGCCAAGAAACUUUAAGAAACAAGAUUUGGGUUCCUCACAUAGUCGUAAAAAAUGAAAGAAGUUCAGGCUUGAUGGGACUCGACCAGAAAGAUAUGUUUGUUAAGAUAAGUCCAACGGGAAAAGUGAUAUACUCUUUUCGUAUGACCACAACAUUCUACUGCUCUAUGAAUUUAAGAAAGUUCCCUUUUGAUAAUCAGUUAUGUCAAAUAAUAUGGACCAGCUGGGCUUACAAUGAGACUGAUUUACAACUCCAAUGGUUAAAAGAUGAGCCAUUUGGCAUUGCUGAUAAUCUCCAUUUAACAGAAUUCUCUUUAUAUGAAAUCUGGGUUGAAAAUAUGACAAGCAGUACUAGUGGAUCCAGCAAGUGGGAUGAUGGUUAUAGCGCUCUAUCGUUUAAAUUUAAACUCAAGAGAGAAGUGGGUUACUAUAUUCUGGACUAUUUUUUACCAUCCAUAUUACUAGUGAUAACUUCAUGGACAUCUUUUUGGCUACAGGCAGAUGCUAGUCCUGCUCGAACCACUCUGGGUACUGCGACUAUGCUGUCGUUUAUUACUCUAAACGCCAAUGUUAUGAAGAAUUUACCAAAAGUCAGUUAUGUGACUGCAAGUGAAAUAUGGUUCUUCGGGGGAGCUACAUUCAUAUUUUGUUCCUUAGCUGAAUUUGCGUUUGUAAAUGUUGUGUUUCGAAGAAAAAAGAAAGUUGAGUUGGCAAAACAAAGCAGUAAAUAUAUCAUUAAAGGUGCCUUAUCUCCAAGAUUAGCCAGAAAAGAAGUUAGAAAAUUGGGAUCUUUUUCGAGUGUGGAUGCCAAACUUUCGGGAAAUUACUAUGACUCCUCUCAUUCUUUGAAUGUUCCUACGAUAAACGUACCAGUUCAAGCUCCAAAUGGAGAUGCCACCAUUGAAUCUGGACCUUCCACUCCAAGGCCAUCACAACAAUGGGCUGAAAUGUGUCCCCGCGAUGUUGCCAAUUGGUUAGAUCGGAAAGCCAGGAUAGUCUUUCCGGUGGCCUUUGUGAUAUAUAAUAUCCUGUACUGGAAUUUCGUUUAUGCUUUAUAAACGAUUAUUGUAUCGAAUAUUUUUUUAUAUUAUUAUUUUACCUUUUUUAUUCUCAUUUUAUUAAUUAUAAGAAUUUUAUAAUGUUACAUGCAAAAAUAAAGCUGAAGAGAUGAACUAUUACUUUUAACUA